UUUUUAAUAUUAUUUUGAGGCUUUCUUUUUACCAGAAGGCAAAGUGAUCGAAUAACAAACGAGAUUAUUAGUAUUCAAAUCGUUAAAGCUGCCAUUAAACCAACAUGGCUUCUGAGAUAUCCUUCAAGGAAAAGGUUGCAAAAUAUCGUCGACAGCUGGGAUCAUCCAGUGUACCAGAGAUGUUGCUUCGCACGCUCAAGGAAAUGGAAUGUUACGUCGACGGCUUUCCAGACGAUUCAAACAGGCAAAUAUGCGCCGCACAUCUGGGAAAGGAACUGGUGGAUUGGAUCUCUCAGAAACAGGAUGAUGUGUUACAAAUGGAACUCGGUCAAUCGUUGUUCGUCGUGCUCGAGCGUUUCCUAGCCAUUUGCCACAAGGCACAGAGUGCAAUAAGGUGUUUUUGUGUAGCCCGAUUGUAUAAUGCGGGCAUUGCGCUCAACACGAAAAACACCAGCCAACGUCUGCGGUUGCGUGUUUGCGCACUGAUAUAUCAAUUUCCGAUCGAAGAUGAACAAGCGGAACUGUUCGAUCGGAUAAAGCGAAUCGUGCUGAAGACGGUACAGGAUUGGGGCUCAAAAGAUGGGACAGGAAAAUCGCUGGAGGAAGGCAUCGAUCUGGUGAUUGAACUGCACCGCAAGUUGCUCGUUCAUGCAGCGGGCAAAUCAGCCGCCACCAAUGGAACACGUUCCGGAGCAUUGACUUUAUUCCGCGAACUUUUCGACACAAAUUUGGCACUGCUGUAUCGAAUUUUUACACUCAGCCGACCUAAAGCACACCAUCUUUUCAAUGUCGUCAUGGAAACUAUGAAAACGGUGAUGCGACCGAAUGAGAUAGAACUGGAAAGUUUGCUAAACGAGAGUGUCGGCUUUGUGGAAAAUAUUAUCACCUUCAGCGGAGAGGGAGGAGAAUACCUGAAGUUUACAAAGUUCAUAUCCAUGUUCGCCGGACUCAGUCGGGAACCGUACGCCAGCUGCCUCUACCUGCUUGACCAACAGCUACAACUUCAACAGCAGCCCAAACCGACGAUCAGAGAUAUAGAUCAACUCACCAAUCAGUUGAAAAAGCUGCACAGAGAAUAUGUAUCGAACCCGUUGGUGGUGAAGGUGGCCAUCUUUCUCGCCUGCCAAGGAACCGUCUACUACUAUCGAUUACCACAGGAUAUAACACUGGCGAUUUCGGGGAGUGUAAUUGAGUUAUUCCAAUCACUAAUGCCUUUCGUACGCCACUGUCCGGCGGAGACGGUGCCUGAGCUAUGCCGAAAGUGCACCAGCUCUCGCCGUCACUUCGCUGAACGAUUGCUUACCAUGCUGGUGCAACAGUGCAUCUCGCAGGUGAAAGAUGCUGUCGAACGGAAAGCAACCGGUGGAGUUCCGCUAAACCCUUCCUGCACCGUUGACCGGGUCUGUGAGCUGAUUACGAAAAAGUUGGCCCUACUUGACUCGCUCGGCUGUGAGCGUAAACGUCUACUGAUCGAUAGUACGAUUCGACAGAGCGUUACGUGGAUAAAGUACGCCCUGACGACUUUACGCGAUGACCCGAAGAACGCCGAUGAUACUGCGGAAGUGCUUAAACUACUGAAGCUAUUGAUCACCACACAAAACACUCAUAAAUUCGAUUUCCUGACCGAUUUGCAUCUGGUGCGACUGCUGGAAAACUGCUACAUCGAACGUCCCGAUUCCACGCCUGCACAAGCGAGUGUCUUCUGCUGGGGAAGCGUCAGUGUCCGUAUGCUGAAGUUACUCCUCACUCUACGCGAAGGUAGAACUGGUGCUGAGAAAGAAGAGGAUCAAUCGACGUCGACAGUCAUCCCCAUUAUUCGAUCAAUCAUGUUCAACCAGGUAAACGCACCGGAUGGUGAUCCGAUUCGAUCGCUCAGCACGGUUCAGCUGUACGAGCAUCCUUCGUUCGAUCGUCACGGAUUCACGUUCAGUUGUGUGCUAUCUAGGGAGGAGAAGUUUACGAUACUGGCCAAGGAAAUGGCCCUAGCGGUGAAGUACAAAACGACGCUUUCGUUCACACCAUUGGACUACUUUAUCCAGCUGCAAAAGUUGGGUGAUCUGCGCGAAAACUGUCUCACCUUCGGUAUGGCACUGUACGGUUUCAGUGAUACCGAUGCGGAAAGUAUACCGGCGGAAACGAUGGACAAGCUUCGUGCUAGUUUAGCCGCGUACGAACCGACGAACAUUCAGGAGCGCGUACAGCGCUCGGCAUCGUUGGCGAUAGGAAGCUACCUUUCCUUCAGCCUGCUUAGUCGCGAGACGUUAAGCCGGGUGCGAGACGUACCGUUCAAGAUCGAGCACUUCCGAAACGACCAGAUCGACGGACUGCUUACCGAGAGUCAGCUCGAUCGGGAAAUUCGGCUGAUCGACCAAAUGGAAGCGAUUCGGGCGCACUACGGUGAAAUGCUUACGGCGCUGGUGGAGGACAACUUCCAGUCGAUCGGAGUGUUGCUAUCGGUGGUGCAGAUUGCGAGCAUCCUGGACAACGUGGCUAGAUACUGUCAGCUGAAUUACUAUCCACACCGGGCGGUCGAGCUACAGCUGCAGAAUUUACUACUCGUAAGCCAGGGCCGGGAAGAGCGUCCACUGGAGCAGUGCGCACCGUUGGGAUUUCUGUUGGAACAACACCGUGAAACGGAGGAACUGUUGGACCAAUGCGCUACAAGCGAGACUGCAUGCUGGCAAAAGUAUGCCGGUACAAAGUUGGGCCCACUGGCGAAUCUUGCGAAACGUGCUGCAGAACUUCUGAAGUCUUUCUCCAGUCCAGCGCAACAAUUCACCGAUGAUGUGCCCGAUAAUAGAAAAUAUCAGUUUCUCAAUCUCUACCUAAGCCUGGCCGUGUAUUAUGCUUCACUGGGAAACCUUGCGAAAUCGCUUGAACUUAUACGCCGAACCCUGGCACAUCUUCCUCCAACCGAGCCUUCGUCCGUUUUCGGGGAAGGAACAGACGGCGUGAAGUUACUGUCUCCAAUCGAAACCAUUGGUCUGCUUGUUAGGGGUCGGACGGCGCAGAUCAUUUUUCGCCUAGUGGUCGAGUACGGACUUCCCUGGCCAGGAACCACGGACGACACGGCUGAGGCGCCUCCCGCUAUGUGCACCUUCCUCAAAUCGAUGCUCAGCAACUUUAACGAACUGCAAAAGCUCCCCAACAAGCACACGUUCGUCUUUUCGCUAGCUACGGUCGAGAUGACGGUUUCCGUACUGCAGUACUCGAUCGUCCGGUAUGACACGGGUGCACUGGUGGAACCGUACGUUGAUCAGCUAUUAAAGUUUGUCCUUCGUCGAGGAGCUGGACUGCGCGUGAUGCAAGUAUUGCUACUGUACGGACACAUGAGUGCCGAUAUGCAGAAGCUUGACCGGGGCGAGAUCUCCCUACGUUAUCUCUACCGUGUGCUAAUGCUACGACCCAUUGGCAGCAGUCCAAGUCGCAAGGAAUUUGGGAAGAAGAUCCAAGAACCUCCCGUACUGUCCGACCGACAUGAUAGUCGCCAUCGUGUGCCAUUGGUGUCCCCAAAUGGUACUGAUAACGAUUGCGACCGUUUGCGAAAAGUAGUGCCAAAACAUUUGGAGAAUUCGAUCACACCCGCCAAAAAGUGGACGCAUUUGGACCCGAGCGAGUCGGCAGAGCCGACGAUCGAGCAGUAUUUAAUGUUUCGACAUGCGACCACUUGUGACUGUUCCUACUGUCGCUAUCCCCAGUACAAGUGUAUGUCGUUUCAGGCGGCCGCUCUAUCUGCCCGACUUUCCGCUCUCCAGCGAUCCCCUGUGAGCACGAACCGGGCCGAACUCGCCUACGAGGCUAUUGUCGACCAUUGGAUCACCGCGGUGGAACCCGAGCUGGAUCGAUCUUCCGAGACGGCCUCCGGUUGGUUCGGCGCUGGCUAUAGGACGGAUGUCGUUACGAGUGUAAUCCGGACGCUUGUGCAGUGGGGACAAUUUCUAGGUGCAUUGCAUAGGUUUGGUCCCGCGUUGAACGCAUUAGAUCGAGCGGUUCGGUUCAGCGAAAGGGUGAAACAAAUUGCUCCGAUUGAUCCGGCAUUGCUCGAGGAUGUCAAUUUCAACAGAAUAACGAUGGCUUACGCACAAAAACGACACGACAGUCAGCCAUCGCUGCGACAUAAAAGAAGUCGCUCGAUGAUAGAGAAAAACUUUCUCCAGACGGUGGUGCCAGGAAGGAUUGAUGGUGGUGACCCAACGGAUGGUGAAAUAGUGACGCUGAGCACGGAGCUGAAUAAACUCUUGCUGACACCACAACAGCAACCUCCUUCAAAGAUGUCGGAAAGUAGAGGUCGGGGCCCAUCGAGGACUGUCGAUGGUGUGAACGAGUUGAUUCGGCAAGCGGCCUCCCGGCGUCAUCAGCUGAAGAAGAAAGCUCAGCAUGAGCCGGCGGUUCCAACGAUCACCCCGCUUUUUUCCCGAUCCUACUCUGCUUCGGCCCGCAAACCAAAGACGGUGAACAUUUUCGUGGAUUCGCCACCGGGACCUCCUGCUGGCAAGCACAGAUCCGCGGUUCCCGCUACGGUAGCGAAAAUGAAGCUCUCUUCUACGGCACAAUCGGCGAGUGCGCCAAAUAGUGCCAUCUCCGGGGAUGACGUUGAUGUAAUCAACGAGCACAUACCACACACUGCUCCGACUACUGAACGAAAACGCCGUGUCUAUGGAAAAAGAGCAUUGCUGCAGGAUGAUUCCCUCACGCCCACCAAAAGCAAGAUUAAGUCGUACAAAGAAGCAUUAGAGGCACCCGGAAAGGGCGAAAACAACCGAAAACAAACCAAUGUGCAUCGUUUCGAAAUGAACGGUUUCCCCAACCUUGGCCAGUCGACGAGUGGUUCUGAGGUCUCGCCCCCGAAAACUCCCCAAAGGAGCAAAACAGCUGGUACGCAAGCGAGAGAAGAUGUUGCUGCCAGUCCCGGAUUGAACGGUUCGUUUCGGGAUGUGCUGGUGCUGGGCGGGGCAAAGAAAACCAAUGAUUCUUCGUGUGUCAUCGUGCUGGACGAUUCUGCCGAUAGUCAUCAGUCGGAGGAAGCGGUCGAGGCAAGUUUCGUCCACCAUGCAGCCACCAUGUCGACGGGUAAAAAUUCCGCCCUCUCACUUAAAUCCUACUCCGAUCGGAAGCGGCUAGCACAGGCGGCCAGUGGAUCGAACCUGACACCCUCGACACAAGCAUCCACAAAUCGUAGGGCACCCUUUGUGGCAAGUAAAACCAAACUACGUUUUGACGAUCCCAGUCCGGAGCACAAAGAAGAUAAUGUACCCUCACCGGAUGCCACCAAACCUUCGGUGGUAGCGGCGGAGUCAUUGCAAUCGAAAGGCUUUGUUAGCGUCGCGCGCAACACUACACGAAAACGAACAUGCCAACCAACGAUGGACGAUGCGCCAGAGACGACCGGACCAAAUGUUUCGCCAAAUAAAAUGCCCGCCUCAGGUGUGGAUACCAUCGCCACAAGGACAAGGCAACGCAGAAAACGAAUAUGAGAGAUUGUCGCGGAUUUCACGCUUUUAAAUCUACCUGAAUUACCGAGAAUGUUUUUAAUUAUGUUUUGGACUGAAUAGAUAAUAGAAAUAAACCAAUUGAACUGUAAGGCAACAUAUUUGUGUAAAUCGUUAUAUUAACUAAACAUGGUACUACUUU